UCUCCUCGCGCGCGCGCACCGGUUGCGGGAAGCACGAGGCGCUCGAGACGCUGGGCGUGGCCUUCACUUGAGGGGCGGAGCUAGAAGAAGAAGAGAGAUAGUUGGUCAGUUGCUUCGAAAGAGAGGUGGCGGCGGCGGCUGCACGAGCUUUGUUUUUAGGUGGGCAAGAUGGCGAAUGACUGGCCUCAGGCGUCUAGAGUGCCUAGUUUUGCCCAGAUGCUAAAGAAGAAUUUACCUGCCCAGCCAUCCCAGCCUUCUGUUCAGCCUCCAGCUCCGUUGUUUCCACAGGCAGAGAAUGCCAAACAGAUCUUUUUACCUGAUGAAACAUCCAGUAUGUCUAACUUAGCCUCUAAGGUGACUCACAUCACAGGUCAAGUUCCUGACUACUACUAUUCCAAGGCAACACCCAUUGUUCCACUUGCUUCACUUCCCCCAAAGAAAAUUCCAAAGGAGUUUAUCAUAAAAUAUAAAAGAGGGGAAAUAAAUCCAGUAUCAGCUUUGCAUCAGUUUGCACAGAUGCAACGUGUACAACUUGAGUUAAAAGAAACUGUGGCCACAGGCAAUCUCAUGGGAGCUUACUUUGCUUUUUGUGCUGUGGUUGAUGGUAUUACCUACAAGACUGGAUUGGGACAAAACAAGAAGGAAUCUAAAUCAAAUGCUGCAAAACUUGCCCUUGAUGAACUGCUUCAGCUGGAGGAGGGAGAACCAAAAACUAUAGAAAACCCAGGUCCUCACAGGAAUCUUUCAGAAACUACAUUUGUAACUGACCCUCAGAUUACUGUUCCAUCUGAGCACAUUUCUCGGAAUCCUUAUGAAGGCCGGCUUUUUGCUUAUGGGAAAAUUUCUGAAGUUGUCAAAGAAACAUUCAACAAUUUGACUGCUAAAUAUCCAGAGUACCAGAGUUGUAGCAGUUCACUGGCUGCUUUCAUAAUUGAAAGAGGUAGACAACAUGAAGUGGUAGCUAUUGGGACAGGUGAAUUUAACUAUAGUGAGUGUAUUCAGCCUGAUGGAAGAGUAUUACAUGACAGUCAUGCUGUUGUUACUGCUAGGCGGUCUCUUCUAAGGUAUUUUUAUAGACAGCUUUUGCUCUACUACAGUAAAAACCCAGCAAUGAUGGAAAAAUCCAUAUUUUGCAUGGAACCAAUGUCAAACCUGCUUGCCUUAAAGCCAAAUAUAAAUAUAUAUCUCUAUAUGAACCAAUUGCCAAAAGGAUCUGCUCAGAUAAAAUCAGUACUACGUCUCAGCCCCAAUUCUGCAUCUGCAUUUGAAGCGGCUGAAGAAUUAUGUCUUCAUGUUGCUGUUGAAGGCAAGAUUUAUCUCACAAUCUACUGUCCUGCUGAAAUUGCCAGAGUAAGCAGUAUGUCUGCCAGUGAUAAAUUAACAAGAUGGGAAGUGCUGGGUCUUCAGGGAGCUUUGCUGAGUCACUUUAUUCAACCAGUUUAUAUUAGUGCAAUCCUAGUUGGAGAUGGGAACUGCAAGGAUACACGAGGGUUAGAAAUAGCUAUCAAACAACGUGUAGAUGAUGCGUUGACUUCAAAACUUCCCAUGUUCUACUUGGUGAAUAGACCUCACAUUAGUUUGGUAGCUGCUGCUUUUCCUGUACAAAUAGAUUUGGAACACAGAUCUCUUAGCUUGAAUUGGUCCCAAGGAGACUUAUCAUUGGAAGUGGUAGACGGGCUAACUGGGAAGAGCACAGAAAGUUCGCCCUUCAAAAGUGGUAUUUCAAUGGCAAGUCGUCUUUGCAAAGCUGCAAUGUUAAGUCGUUUCAACUUACUGGUGAAAGAAUCAAAGAGAGAUGAUUUACUUAAGGCAGGAUCAUACCAUGAAGCAAAGAUUAUGACUGAACCUUACCACGAAGCAAAACAAUUGCUGAAAACCUAUCUGGAGCAGCAUGGUUAUGGGUCCUGGAUUGUGAAAUCUCCACGUAUUGAACAUUUCAGUAUGUAAUGGUUGAUACAACAGGUCUGCCAUCUAUUGAAAUGGUCUCGUUCUCUGAAUAGAUACUUUCCUGGUUAAUUGCUGUUCAGUGGUGUCAACUAUUAGGUGCAAAAAUUGUGCUUAAACAUAACCUUAAAUAAAUAACCUUACUUGUUAAAAUAUGCAGGCUGUUUUUUAUUCCUGAAACUUUUGUUAGUGAAAGACUAACUGGCACUAGAAAGUAGUUCAUGUUUUGUAGUAGGCAGUGUUGGUUAUAGUGCUUCAUAGUGAAUAAUGAAGAGGGGAAUUGUAUGAUUGGUAAUUUUGCCAUGGUUGGUAAUGUAUCAUGUAGUAGCAAUGCAAGCUCUGUUAUGUCAUAGAUUUACUUUCUGGAAGAUUCAGCCCUCGUCUGGCUUUAAAAGCCACAAUUCUCCUUGUUAAUCAUCUUGAAACUUUGUGGGCUGUAUGAUUUUUCAGUUGUGGGUACUUAAAUUAGAAUAGCUGAAUUUAUACUUUUCUGGAGAAAAGCCCCACAAGCACAUCCUGAACCAGUUAUAUGAUCUGUUGAAUGCACAUAUUGGAAACAAUUUUGCAGUUUGUAUACCUUGCAAGCCAAGCAUUAUGUUAAUGUUUUUGUGUAUAAGAGCGACUUCGAAAUUAUAUCCACAUUUCCUCUUUAA